UUGAUUUGACAGUGAUUGUAGACCGAAAAAUGGCAGAGAAGAAGAAAGAGGCGGAUCACCUGCCUACUUCAGAAUCCGAUCAAGAUGAUUUCAUAGAACCAGACCCACCAGCGGACGCCAAUCAAGCUGUUACUGAUACUUUUGUGAACAUCGAUUAUGAAGAUCUUGUCAAUCCAGACUAUGACAGUCAUCCAAGCGGAUACAUCCAUGAUAUCGUGCGACAGGGAUCCCACGACGGCGACGAUGAGCAGAGGGUGGGUGUCGGUUCCGCAAGCGACGUGUCGACGGGAGAGGAGUCAAGUGAGGAUCACACAGAGAUUUCAACAAAAGAGCUCUCCCAAGCCUUGGGGGAAGUUUCCAAGUUACAGCAUCCGGAAGUGAGUUCAGAAGAUUUCGAGGAAAUUGAUGAAGUUGAUACACAAGAAUGGCGACAACGAAAAAAACAUGUGUUUAUCUUAAGUGAAGCUGGCAAACCUGUGUAUACAAGGUUUGGUAAUGAGGACAAACUGGUAACAGUAAUGGGAGUUAUGUCAGCUUUAGUUUCAUUUGUUCAUGAUUCUAAAGAUGUGGUGCGAUUUAUAGUUGCUGGUGAUCAUAAAUUUGUCUUCCUGAUCCGAGAACAUUUAAUUUUAGUGUGUGUGUCUCAUGGUGCAGAGUCAGCCCAACAGCUUCUCCUUCACCUGUCCUACGUGUACAAUCAAAUCCUCAGUGUACUUACGUUUAGUACACUACAUAGAAUAUUUAAACAGAGAAGGAACUAUGAUUUACGAAGACUUUUGACAGGUGCAGAAAAGUUUCUAGACAAUUUGUUAAAUAUGAUGGACACAGAACCAGGAAUGUUGUUAGGAGCCGUUCGUUGUUUACCGUUAGACAGCCAAGUCAGGGACAACAUAGCUCAGGCUAUUGCGCAGAAUGCAAAAGUGAAGGAUUUGGUGUUUGCCCUUAUCCUAGCCAACAACCAGCUUGUUACCCUUGUGAGGAUGAAGAAGUACUUCCUACAUCCAAUGGAUCUUCACCUCAUCAUCAACCUUGUUAAUGCAUCUGAAUCCUUCAAGGCAGCUGAGUCUUGGACUCCAAUAUGUUUACCCAAGUUUGAUUCCAGCGGUUUCCUACAAGCUCACAUAUCUUACCUGGAUGAUCGGUGUGAAACCUGUCUCUUGUUGCUGUCUGUUGACCGAGAAUCAUUCUUCACAUUGUCAGAGUGCAGGAACAAAAUCAAGGAGCGGCUGGUGAAAUACAAUGCUCUGAAGGCCAUCAGUGACUCCCUGAUGAAGACAAGCUACAGUAUACAACAGUGUGGUAUAUCUGACCUCCGACAUUUUCUCUACAAGUCCCGACACAUGGCCCAAUUCACAAGUCCGGAGCUAGAAGCACCGUAUCUCUCAGAGACAGAACAAGAGCGUCUGUGUGGGUUGUACUUUUACCUCCACCACAGAAUACACACCUCAGCCCGCCCACUGAAAAUACUCUACACUGUCGGUCCACACGAGACUCUUCUUGGCUGGGUCACGCAGAGUUUUGAACUGUAUGCAGUUUUCGGACCACUAGUAACCAAAGUGGCAGCCAUUCAAGCUAUCAACAAGCUGUUGCGUUGGGUGAAGAGGGAAGAAGACCGUCUGUUUAUAUUAAACCAUGUCACAUUUUGAAAAAAAUCAAAGCUUACUGUGAUACAAAGGAACAAAUGGUUCAGCCCU